GAAAACCUGCUCUGAGAGUGAAAGAGAUACAGAGAGAGGGACAGACAGAGAGAGAGCGGCCGAGAGAGCACGAGAGGGAGAGAAAGAAAAAGAGGGGCAACCACUCUGGUGCUCUCUGGUGGUUCUUGCAGCAGCGUUACUCUUUGCUUGAUUUCCAACAGCCCAGCUGUGCCACUGAGACUCAUGCGGUAACAAGAAGAAGAAGCAAACACAUCUCAAAAGGACAAGGCCGCGAUUUCUAUGCCAGAACUUCUCUUUUCUCUUGUCUUGUGGGCACUUCCUACGGAUUUACCCAAGUGCUGCAUCUCCGUGAACUAAUAUUGUUUCAGCUUUCUGGACAGUUUGGAUUCACGACAUUGGAAAUCAUGUCAUGGUUGUUGUUGAAAAGACCAAAAGAACUUCCACAAACAAACACAUCUGUGGACACAUGAAGAGAUGCUGUCUGAGAUGUGAGCUGAUACUGACAAGUAUAGGGUAACUAUUACGAUUACAUUUCUUAAGGUAAAGAUCCUUGUCUUAGUCUUGAGUAAUGUAUGAUGCUCAGAAAGACUAUACAUUUGGCAGUUUUGUGUAAUUUUAUAUAAUAAAAAGAAAUUUUCUGUAAAAUGAUGGAUGGAAACCUGAGCACUUAUGUUAUCAACAUGACAAAACCCUACCAUGAUCCUGCUGGACCCUGGAGCCUUAUCAUACUAGUAAUUAUCAUCUUGACCAUAGUGGUUGGAAACCUGUUGGUCAUCAUCGCUGUAGCGCACACCUCACAGCUACAGACAACCACGAACAUCUUCAUCAUGUCCCUGGCAUGUGCAGACCUCAUCAUGGGGAUCUUCGUGGUACCACUGGGGGCCACGAUUGUAGUGACGGGAAACUGGCAACUCAGUGACACCUUCUGUGAAUUCUGGACUUCAGUGGAUGUCCUCUGUGUGACAGCCAGCAUUGAGACCCUGUGUGUGAUAGCCGUGGAUCGGUACAUCGCCAUCACCCGACCACUUCGAUACAAGGUCGUCCUAAACAAGUGGCGUGCCCGGCUAAUAGUUUGUUUAGUGUGGGUGGUGUCUGCCUUAAUUUCUUUUGUGCCAAUUAUGAAAGGGUACUACCGGGCAGAUGAGUCCGAAGCUGAGAGGUGCUACAGUGACUCUGCAUGCUGUGACUUUGUGACCAACUGGGCCUUUGCCAUUGUAUCCUCCAUAGUUUCUUUUUACAUUCCACUCAUCAUUAUGAUAUUUGUUUAUGCAAAAGUCUUUCUAAUAGCUACACGGCAGGUCAAGCUAAUCGAUAAGAACCGUAUGCGUUUCCAGACAAAGUCCACCGCCAUGACUACGACACAGAUUCAAAUCCCCUCACAGGUCAGCCUGCCAUCAAUUUGUGUGACCUCAAGCAGCAACAAUACUGCAGGAAAAAGGAAAAGUGCCAAGAGAAGGCCUUCCAAACUGACACUGGUCAAGGAGCACAAGGCCCUCAAGACACUGGGAAUCAUCAUGGGGACCUUCACUGUCUGUUGGCUCCCGUUUUUUGUCGCCAACAUCAUCAACGCUUUCAACAAGGACGUCACACCGGAGAAAAUCUUUAGACUGCUAAAUUGGCUGGGUUACAUUAACUCGGGCCUCAAUCCAAUAAUUUACUGCAGGAGUCCAGAGUUCCGUACUGCAUUCAAGAACCUGCUUGGAUGUCCGUGGCUGUCCACACUGCAGCUAAACACAUUCUAUAAAGAGCUGCGGACUCGCUGUUCCUGCUUCCCCUGGCAGGGUGAAACCGGCAUAGCCAGCACCUUCCAGAAGGCUCCAUCUAAAAGUAGCGAGGGUGAGGCCAGCUUGGCAAGUUCGCAGGAGAGCAGCAGGAGUGAGGAGGCCUCCCCCAGUCUUCCACAGUCAAAUGGUAGCACGGUCAUCAGCGAGUUGUCGGAAUCAGAAACGAGAUUAUUCUAAAUAAAAGACUAAAAUGCCCUGGACACCAGACAACUGCUGCAUAAGUACAUCUGCACUGGACUACAGAUAUCUAUCCACAGUUAUGACCUGUCAGCCAGCAGACCCGGCACAGAGACUACCGUAAACAUCUCAUAAAAGAGUUGUUCAACUUCCGAAAAUAAGCAUGAAUCACAUUUGCGAGGGUUUGUAAAAUGUCGCAUUUGUUUCCAUGUCCACUCUUAUACAAUUAUACAUUAUCUGAAUAAUUGCUCACAAAGGGGGGGAAACUGUCUUCCAGUGCCUUAGCUUUUUAAAGAUUAUUCCUAGAAUAACGAAGGAUUUAGUGGAACCGACCAAAGUUGUGUUGUGUAGUUACAGUAUGCUACCCUCAGGAAAACUGAACUGUAAUCCGUGGACAAAACAUAAACAGUUUUGGCAAUACUUUCAAGAGUUUGGACACAUCCAUGGCGAUAAAACCAACAUCACCGAUGUGUUCUGGCUUUGAACCAUUUCAUAACUGUAGAUUUUUUUUUUAAGUACAAAGUAAUGGAGUAGAAUUGUGCUUUUGUGCAAAGAGUUGUGUAAAGUUUUACCAUGACAUGACUGCGAUACAGUAAAAAUAUAUUUUAAACGAAUUCAGGCAGUAUUGUAUUUGUAUUGAAAAUAUAUUUUGUAUUAAUCACAUGAUGAGUGUGUACGAGUUAACUUUUCCCUUGGGAAAUAACAAAUUUUGGGAAAUAAGAAAAUUUUUGACACAACACCAUGAUACCACUUAACGACCUUUCACACAGCAUCUAAACAGCUGCAUUUACAUUGAGACAACACUCUCUCCAAAUAUUGUCUUUAAGGCUGUAGUCCCAUGUGUUUAUAUAAUUGUGUUUAAUUGAACAUCAGCAAUCCAAACAUAUGGCAGCAUCUGGGAGAUGAUGCAUUCAGCCUUGGAGUACAUACAAUGUCUUUAUGUGCGUUCUACUUUUGAACUCAAGUCAGGGAGUACAGGGAGUGACACCAGUCAUGAUUUAAAAGAUGCACAAUUCAGUCAACCUGGAACAAGAGGCCCUUAUCUACCAGAAAAUAUUACAAGCCAAAUGUAUCAUUCAUUUACCAAAACAUUAGUUUAAAAAAAAAUAGGUCAAAAAUUACAAAUGAUAGAGGGAGGAGAAUCACGAGUCACUAAAGCAACAAGUGGCUAAAUAACCUGAAUAACAUUGUUUGUCAGGUUUAUGCUGAAACAAAGUGUUAAUUCUGAAUAUAAAGACAUAUUCUGGUUUUCAACACAAUACAAAUAGUAUUACAUCAUGAUGCAAAAAAGGUCAGUGUGUCUCCCUGAAUUAAGUUCAUCAGAGUUAGAUCAAAGUCUCUGCUCCAACAUAAGCAUCUAAUGAUGAAUAUCUAUAGGAUUUUAAAAAAUGGUCAUAUUUAUUAAUAAUAACCAUAUUAUAUUUAUUCAAAUGUAUUAAAUAUUUGAAUGUAAAUAUAAUAUAAACAUGCUAUAUGAAUAUAAUAAAAUAUGUUAAUAUACUAUAAAUUAUAUCUAUUGAGUAUUUGAAAUAAUCAGAAGACUGUUGAGACUCUUGAGUAUCCUGUAAGUCUCAUUCUUGUUUGUUGAAUAAAUCUGAUCAUUGUCACAGGGUACUAUGCCCUGACAUGUGCUUUCUGUGGGUACCAUACUGAGACAAACACCCAGUCACAUCCAUGCCUGUAUUAUUAUGGAACUAUCAUUCACAAACAGUUGUCCUAAACUUUCCUUCCAAUUCUCUUCUUCUCUGUUUGUGAUCACGACGAAUGACAACCGACAUUUUCAGUCGUUCAGUGACAGAACUAUUUUAGUAAUAUUAACAGUUCUCCAAACAGAAGACCACUAUGAACUAAGGUUUUACAAGUGCAUGGUCAGCCUCCCCUCUAAGGGAGGAUCACCAAAUAUAUAUAGGG